UAAUGGGCCAUGGGAAAUCCUACAAUUAGACUUUCUUACAGUUAACGGUUGUGGAACAGGGGAAUUUUUAAUUCUUGUGGACACGUACUCUCGAUUUCUGUCGAUAGUAGAAAUGGAUAAUAAGGACGCAAAAAGUACUAAUAGCGCAUUGAAUCUGAUUUUCUUUAGAUGGGGUCUGCCUCUCAUCAUACAGACCGACAAUGGCCCCCCAUUUCAAGGGACAGAAUUCGUAAAAUGUUGGGAGGACAAAGGUGUCAAAAUUAGAAAAUCCAUACCCUUGAGCGCCCAAUCAAAUGGUAGUGUUGAGAGGCAGAACCAGGGCAUCAUUAAAGCCUUAGCUGGAGCGAAACAAGACAAAAUGGAUUGGAAACUGGCCCUCCAGAACUAUGUCAGAAUACACAACACCGUUAAACCUCACUCUAGGUUGGGAAUUACACCGUUCGAACUACUAGUUGGCUGGCGAUAUCGAGGAAUGUUUCCUUGUCUGUGGAAUUCUAAGGAGGAGAGCAUAAACCGUGAAGAAGUCAAGGAAAAAGAUUGGGAAGCAAAACACAUAAGCAAGAAACAUGCAGACGACCGUCGCGGAGCCAAAGAGUCUUCAAUAUGUUGUGGAGAUAUGGUUUUUAUGGCUAUACCCAAGAAGAGCAAAACCGAUCCAUCCUUUUCACGCGAGCCUUUCAGAGUUUUGUCGAGGGAAGGAGCGAAGGUGGUUAUCGAGAACGAAAAAGGUGUAAGGUUCUCACGUAACGUACAAGACAUCAAACUAGUCCCAGGUGCAGAAAACCAGCGUAUUUCCCAGUUUGAAGAAAAUAUUAUCGACUCAGCAGAGACAUCGAACGUCGGGAACGCUCAGUCGACGGAUUAUACAAUGGGAACACGAGGUCAUUUUAAUAUGAAUUCGCAUACCGAUGAACAAACAGGAGGAGUAAAUGCACAAUCACCAAGAAUCAGACCAAGGCGUAACAUCAGACAGCCUAUGAAAUUUAAGGAUAUGGUGUUAAAUCAGGAUUCUUUCGAUCUAUGUUCUGAGGAUGAUUAUGCUGUUGAAGAAACGGAGUGCCAUGACAUCGAAACGGAAGAGACAGAUAUCGAUAUGGAACAUCAUUCCACUGAAGGAAUCAAUAUCUCGAAUAGUUUGGUUCCCGCUACACCUAACAAGAGAGAGAGAAACUCGCCUACAAUGGUUACAAAUCCAUACGAGCAAAGACCUAAGCGAAUUAUCAACAAGCCAAACAAAUUUAAUGAUCACUUUGUCUAUCAUGUGAUAUAUUAAUUUUUUUCUGAGUGUAAUCUUAUUUUGUUAAAGUUUCAAUUAAUUAAAAUCCAUGUGACAAAGUUCAUUACUGAUAUAUGUUUCCGUGACACUCAUCAGUUCUAUGUUACAAAAACAGUAACCACAGUUACAGAUCUGCAAACUGCUUUACAGAUCAAGCCUUCCGAAACUCUUUAACCUCACUUAGAAAAAAAUAAAAGUAUUUUACUCACGAUUGCAUUUGCAGUUGAACAGUCAAACGUCAAUACUUCAGCGCUUAAGUAUUUCAGCAGCGGUUUCGAGGAAGUUUCGUAGUGGUUUCGAUCUGGAUAAUGUCCUUUUUAAUUGAAUUUCGCAUUGUUGAUGGCUUCAGAUGCUCCGAGUUCGUCAGUUGAUUCAUUGUUUACUUUUUCUUCAUCUUGAAUUCUUUUUCGAUGCUCCGUGAGACGGCGUGAGACGUCAAACUUAAAAGGCCUUUUCAA